AUGCGGGGAGCGUUGGUUUGUAGAAGCAGCAGUGGCGGCAAAUGUGUGGGUGACGUUCUGGACGCCAUCAUAGACAAGGCUGGUGUGUGCGGGAACGACGACAAGGAAAAAAGGCACAUGAGGGGGAAGGAGGAGGGAGGAACGUAUCGGAAGCACCGAAACCGCCCGCCGCAGGGCAUCACUGCCGCGGUGGUGCGGGGGUGUAACCCCUUUUUUGUUUCACUGCGCCCAGAGAUGAUGAAGACGAGGAAGAAGAAGCAGCAGCAGCAGAAGGCGACGGGAGGCACGCACGUGAAAGAGGAGGUGACGCGGACGAGGGGAGCCGCACCGAAGAAGGAAAAGAGGCGUGCACCCAAACACGCAGUGGCAGGGUGUGGCAGCGACCAGAAACUCCAGACGCCUCUGACGGCCAAGACAAUGCAGUCGUGCGUUUCGUCUGUCCCCGCCGCUUUGGGCACUUCCUCCGCAAAUUCGCCGCCACCGUGUCAUGUCCGUCGCCUCACCGCGCGUAAACUCCGCUCGCUGAGCAAAGGCGUAACUAAGGCGACCGCGCUCUUCAAGCUCUUUAAAACGCUCUCACUGGAGGGGCAGUCGCGCCUCGUCAAGAGCCGCCGCCGCCGCUGCUGUCGUUCUGUGGGGGCGGGGCAGAAAUCUGACGAGGUAGAGGCAUGCCUCAACGCGGCCCUCUGGACCGCUUUGGCCUCUGUCCUCCAGCAGCGCCGUCGUUACAAGAAGCAGUGGCAUGCGUUGUGGGAGACACAUUCGGAUGGCCACUGCGAUGCGCAGCAGCUACAGCUCUUGCGUGCUUUCCCUCUCUUUGGGCUUCUGGUGGUUGUGGAGCGAUGGCGGUGGAAGCGAAACGGGGGGGCGUCCUCCUGCUCUGCCAUCCCCGAGGUUGUCAGCUCUGCGUUGGGUGUUGUGAUGCACGAGUCGAGUGCAUUUAUGGGUGUGGCGUUGUUGCGGGGGGAAGGGGAGUUGCGUGCGCUCUUCCACUCUCCGUUGCGUGGCGAGGGGUUGGGCGGAACUACUGCGGAGGACGCAUUGGAGGGGGACGAGGCGCCUCCCAUGUGUCGAAUUUUGCGUGUUCCAAAGAUGUUUCCUGGCGGCACCGGCACUGCGGCUGAACUGGGCUGCCCCCUGGAUGCCACCUACUGCACCGUCGCGAGGGUGGCGCCGCAGGAGGUGGGUGACGGUGUCGCCGCAUUCAGUCUGCUCGUUGGCCGCUAUUUGUGA